GAUGUUCAGUUUACAGACAAACGCCUACGGGUAGUGUACACUUUUCACGCACUCGCUUUUGUACGUGUGUGUGUGUGUGUGUUUCUAUGUGCGUGUGAAGAAAGAACAAAAUAAUCAAAACCGACAUCAACCUGCUCAGUAGCAAAAAUCAAAAGCCCGGUCGCAAGGGAACCAGCUUUGGGUUGCGGAAAAUUGCAGAUUGGAAGGACACCGUUUACCGGGUGCUAUACCGGUUGGCAACAUCAAUGCAUAACGCUUACUUUCUGCUAUUCAAUCGAUGCGACAUUGCAAACAAAACGCCACUCACCUGGCUGGAAAUAUUGGACAAGGGCUAAAGAAAGUCGUAAAUAACUUAUCGACUCCGUCUUACAAUCUUUUCGUCCAACUGUGUGUGCGCGUGUGCCUUUGUGUAUCCAACACGAUUCCUGUAUCCUUUAACGUGCUGCGUGCACGUGUAUGUGUGUAAUUUAUUUGUGUGCAACGACAACUCGUCCGUGUAACGAUGGCACCAAAAUUUCGGGAAGCAGAUCAAACGACACCACUGCUUCUGGACUGCAACAAUAACAAUGGUCGAUGCGGCAAUGACGUGCGACGGAUCGGCAAUGGGAACAUCGUCCACAUUGAUACCGAGAUCGAGCGGAAUGAUAAACCGUCACCGCUGGACGCACAGUACGGUACCAUGCUGGUGGACCCGGUGGCCGGUCGUACUUUGGAGCAUCCCACCACCAACCUAGACACGCUGAUGCACAUGCUGAAUGGGAACCUCGGUACGGGCAUACUGGCGAUGCCGGACGCAUUCAAGAAUGCCGGUCUGUACGUUGGUUUUUUCGGCACGCUUGCGAUGGGUAUCAUCUGUACGCACUGUAUGCAUCUGCUGGUGCGCUGUUCGCACGAUCUCUGCCGACGGUACGGACGGCCGUCGCUUUCGUACGCCGAGGUUGGCUACUAUGCGCUUGAUUCGGGCCCAACCUGGAGCCAGCCGCUCGCUGCCAGCUUCCGGCGUCUGAUCAACACCUUCCUGAUCGUUAUGCAGCUCGGUCUAUGCUGCGUGUACUACCUGUUCGUGGCGGUUAAUCUGCGCGAACUGCUCGAAUACCUCGGCGUGCAGGUGUCCGUCCUGACCGUACUCGGCUAUCUGCUCAUACCGCUCACACUGAUGAACAUGGUGCGAAGCCUAAAGCUACUCACACCGACGUCAUUAAUCGCCUCGGUACUAGCGAUUGCCGGCCUAGCGAUCGCUUUCCUGUUUCUGCUGCAGGAUCUCCCACACAGUGCAACCGUACGGCCGGUUUCGUCCUGGUCGACGUUACCACUCUACUUCGGCACGGUUAUGUACGCGUUCGAAGGCAUCGGUGUGGUGCUACCACUGGAAAACAAUAUGGCGAACCCGCGCGACUUCAUCACCUGGAACGGUGUACUAAAUACCGGCAUGACGAUCGUCGUUUGUCUAUACUCCGCUGUCGGUUUCUACGGCUAUCUCAAGUAUGGUGAGCAGGCACAGGGUAGCGUCACACUCAACCUGCCCAACGAUAAUCUGCUUGCGCAAAUAGUACGCUUGCUGAUGGCCGUUGCCGUGCUUGCCUCGUACGCGUUACAGUUCUACGUCCCGAUGACGAUCCUAGCACCGGUCGUGACCAAACACUGCCGGCACCGGCAUUGUGCCGAGUACGCGCUCCGACUCGUCACCGUGCUGCUUACAUUUGUGCUCGCUGCCAUCAUCCCGAACCUGGGCACGUUCAUCUCGCUCGUCGGUGCCGUCUCCACCUCCACGCUGGCGCUCGUCUUUCCGCCGGUGAUCGAUCUGCUCACGCUAUGGCCGAACGGUAACCGACCCGGCCGGCGCUGGAUCGUACUAAAGGAUGCGCUGAUCAUCACAUUCGGUGCGUGCGGAUUCUUCUUCGGCACCGUCAAAAGCCUCGCGACUAUUUUCGGCACCUCCGACGGAGAUCCGAGCGGAAUUCACUAGGAAAGCGUUAUCAUCAUCAACAACAACAACGAAAAAGGACGCACCCCCACGAGCAAAGGAUGGUUGGGAGGCUUCUGCUUUUUUUUUAAGAAUGAUGUGUCCACCACCACGUUUCCACCAAACACGUCCGACCAUACCAGGCUCAAUGGCAACGGUCAGCUACGGUCUGCUGUUGUCAUGUUGUACGCAUCACAUUCUUCACAAAACCCGUCCUUUAGUCACGCACGCAAACAGACGCGCAUUUGCAAGAGGGUUACAGAGACCAUGGCUUUACAAGCAACGCGUGUGUAUGCGAUAUCGACGAAUUGGCGCGAUUGGUUACAUUACAUCGAUAGUUCGCGCGAUCACGUAUGCAACCGCGGGCGCGGGAAGUACCAGUGUGUGUGGAUCCGCUGACAGCUAUAUAGGAGCACACCCCAAAAAAAAAACACUACACCGGUUAGAAGUGUUAUAUAGUAUAUAAAUAUAUAGGUAGAAUAGGUUUUUGCUUUUAGUACUAACAAAUGUCCCUCAAUGGGUGUAUAUUUAUCAUCGCGAAGGGACCUGAAUGUUAAUCGUAUGUAAUAAUGCUAAUGUCGCUCUGGAGGGCACCCCCCUCAUCAUCUUCAACUCGCACUCACCCACCAACCCUAGACGGUGUUGGUCCCCCCUUUAAGAACGGUGCGUCACAGCGGCAGCAAUGCCGGAGACAAUGGGGCAUAUAGCAGUUGGGGCUGUUGCAGAGAAAACGCCGAAGAAUGUCUAGCGAACUACGUGGACUUGGAUGUACUGUAGUGAAAUAUAGAAAUAAAGAGUGCGUGUCUCUCUCUCUCUCUA